GGAAGUGGCGUCUUUCAGCUUCAAAUGACUUCCACCUUCAAAUGUCACGCUAAAGAGCAAAUAAGCUAAAUUGUUACCUAAACAAGAAGUUACCCACAACCGGAAUUUGCGCAAGGUUGUAUAUUGCCAGAAAAUGUUAGGGUAGAUCAGCUAGUAACCGUCUAGCUUCGUUGGUAAAUCCUAGCAAACAGAGCUAGUUUGAGUUUCAUUGCCUGCGGAACUUGUCAGUCAGUCAAUGAUAUUCAUGUCGUAGUUAAGAAGGUGUUGCACGGUUUCGGUAAAUCAGUCGGUGGUGUUUCGUUUGUCGAACAUUUGCGGAGUUAGCCUGAUUGAACGAUAACGUUAGCUGGUUGAUUUGCAUCAUGGGCGCCGAGCAUAGCGGAGAUGCGGAGCACAAACACUCCGACUACAGUUCCACAGUGGUUCCCUCUCCCGCCAAGCAGAAGGCGAAGAUGGAUGACAUUGUGGUGGUGACUCAGGGGACUCAGUCCAUGAGGAACAUCCACAGUGACCCUGAUGUCAUUAAACUCCAAGAGAUCCCUACCUUCCAGCCCCUCUUGAAAGGGGUACUGAGCGGUCAGACGUCCCCCAGCAGCGUGUGUCUGGAGAGACUGGAUUCCGUGCAGGUGCUCCAACUGUGCACCCGCUACCAGGACCACCUGCACCAGUGCGCCGAGGCCGUCUCCUUUGACCAGAAUGCCUUAGUCAAGCGCAUCAAAGAGAUGGACCUCUCGGUGGAGACCCUGUUCAGCAUCAUGCAGGAGCGCCAGAAGCGCUACGCCAAGUACGCGGAGCAGAUCCAGAAGGUCAAUGAGAUGUCUAUGAUCCUGCGCCGCAUCCAGAUGGGCAUCGACCAGACGGUGCCUCUGAUGGAGCGCCUCAACAACAUGCUGCCGGAAAACGAGCGCCUGGAGCCCUUCAGCAUGCGGCCCGAUGCAGACUCGGGCACCAUGUAAGCCACUCACUAGGAGCCCUGAAAUCUGAGGUGAAGGUCGCUUCUGUCUUUUCCUAUUUUUGAUUUGUAUAUGGAGCUUCCAUCUGGGACAAUUUGAUUCUCCUGAAACGUAAUCUUGGAAGUACGAGACAUGAAUGAGAAUGAGAUCUGGAUGCCUCACGGUCCUGAGAGACUGGAAUUUAAGGGAUUUAAAAGCCGUAUAAUCUUGGAGAAAUCACGCACCUGAUACACCCAGUGCGGACCUGAUAGAUUUUCUCUCCACGGGCUUCCUACUCUUCCAUUUUGGGACAUUGACUCAAGAAUAACGGAAGAAGCUUGGACAAACAUGACCAUGUUAAUUUAUUUGUUGUUCAACAAUGUUUUGAAAUGACCACUGCAGAACUGCCAAUGUCUUUUAUGAAGCCUCAUUCACGCAGAGAUCCCCACUCCAUCUAACACUGCUCAGAUUUAGUCAUCUUGUGCGCAAUGCCAUUAAAAGCGUGGUUGACGCGCUGCCAUCACGUUACAUAUGACAAAAGAAUGGAAUGCAAAUAUGUUGAAAGGCUGUACGGAAAAAAAAACCCAUUAAAGUUGCCAAAGGAAGUCUUAAGUAUGUUUGAGUUUAAUAUUUACAAUAUUUAUGUACAACCCCCGGGUGGAGAAGGAGCUGCGCAAUCAUAAUGACUUACUGUAGUCAUGAUGCAUCAACUGUUGAAUUGUUUACAUUCUCAAUAAUAACGUAACAACUAUGUUGCUAUAAAGUUCAGUGUUAUGGAGAAAUCAAACUUUAUUUGCGAAGGCCGGAACGGAAUAAUUGCAUUUGCAUUAAGUUCAAUGGGAAAAGAUGAUUUGACAUAUGAGCAAUGACGUGAAAUCACAGAACGAAUUUGAACUUGUUUCCCAAGGCACCAUUGUAUACUUUUUUUGGUUGUUGUUGUUUUGGGAGGUGACUGCUGUUCGAAUUUUCAGAUAUGGGGUAUAUGCACUGGCUUAAUGAAAUUGCCCUCGGGUGCCCGAGCUACACAUAGUGCAGCAUGUUGAUGAACGGACAGAGAAUGUUCACUUCUAGAAAAUCAAGACAUUUCCAUUGCAUGGAGUGACCUCAAGUGUAGACAAAGCAUAUUAUUUUCAAAAAAUGAUGGGUAGUUUACCGUCAAUUUUGCCCGAAUUGUCAACUUAUACAUCAAAUGAACAAACGGCUUAUUUUUGCCGUGUUUUUUAGAAGCUCCGCGAGGCGUUGUGGCAGCGCGGUUUGCGCUUAUCGGGCUCAAAGCUGGUGUGAAUGAGGAUUUAAAGGAUUUAGCUUGGGCUCUGAUGGUGAGCGACGCGUGGUAUUUUGAAGCUGGUGUGCUUCCAUUUGAGAAGGUUUUGUGUGGUGUCAGUCUAAGCUGCAACUUUGCCAGUGUCAUUUGGAGAAAAAAAAAAGGUUUUAAAGGCCUUGAAUGGAGCGGGGCUUGUUUGAAGGUUACGCAAAAAAAAUAAAA